GCCGAGGUGAGCGAAGGCGCUGAGAGGAGUGACAAGCAGGUGGCGACAACAAAGCAGCACCAGUGGUGACGUUGGAUCUACGAGAAAGGAAAGGGAGAACAGAUGAUGUAUUCUAACGCACCGGUGGCCACACACUCCGCAGCCACGAUGUCCACCGGGCCCAACACGCCCAUGGUAAGCCGAGCAGAUGGCCGCCGCGACGGCAGAUGAGGCUCCUUGAACUGAUCCCCUUAUGGUUUGUGUGCAGAACGCGCCUCUCAACGCGCCGGCAACAAACGGCGAAGCGGAGACCAUCAAGAUGAAGAUCCUCGUCGUCGGGGAGUGCCGAGUCGGUAAGACGCACCGCCGACACUCUCAGUGUUCUUAACUGACGGCGGCCCGUUGGUGUGUUUGGGUGUUUGUGCUGCUGCGCAGGCAAGACUGAUUUGAUCAAGAGCUUCACGGAGGGCCGUGCGCUGCAGAGGAGUCGCGGUUCAGGCCUGUCGACCAUCGGGGCGGAGUUCUCCACCAAAGACAUCAGGCUCAGGAACGGCGUCGCCGUCAGGGCGCAGAUCUGGGAUAUGGGUAAGUCACCUCCCCCACCCCACCCCUCCCAGCCCGGCACACAUAGAACGGAGAGACUCCCUGUCUGUCGUCUGCUCUGCUACCUCCCUGCAGCUGGCCACGAGAGGUAUCGUGCGGUGUGUCGCGCCCACUACGGCAAGGCGCACGGUGCGCUGGUGGUGUACGACAUCACCAACCGGACGUCGUUUCUGCAGUGCCAGCAGUGGAUCACGGAGCUGCGGCAUGGCAAUCCCCGCAUGACGCUGGUGCUGGUGGGGCAGAAGAAGGACAUGAACGAGCACAGGGAGGUCGCUGAGGAGGAGGCCAUGAGCUUCGCCGAAUUCAACGGUCGGUGUGUCAGCAAGGGAGAGGAAGACAGAGAGGGGUGUGUUGUGUGUUGUGUUUGUGUAGAGUGUGGUGUGUGGUGUGUGGGGGUGCGGUGUGUGGGUAUGUCUGUGUAGAUAUGAACGGGUUUGUGGAGACGUCCGUGGCGACCUGUGAGGGCACCCAGCGGGCCUUCACCGACCUCAUACACAGUAGGCAUAAUCAGUCAGUGCUCCUACACAGCUGCUGGACGUCUCUGAGCGCCUGUCUCCCUCCCUUCGUCCCUCUCUGCAGAGAUCUACUUCCUGCAGAUCAACCCCGCGGCCGCCGGGCCGACAGACCUCAGCAUACAAGGUCGGUGGUGGAGCGACAACACCAUGCCGGAGGGGAGGGAGGGAGGACACAAACACAUCUCUCUCUCUCUCUCUCUGUGUGUGUGUUGUGUGUGUGUGUGUGUGUGUGUGUGUGGUUGUUGAUCAGAGCGUGAGAUUUUCGCUCACCUAGCGUCGCAGGACGUCAAGAAUGGCGACAAGGUCACCAUGUGCUCGUGGCUGCCCUGCUGCUCUAACCUCGAAGCAGCAUGUAACUUUUGAUAUACAACACCACCCACCCAAUUAGUCAACUAGCUAAACACACACUGACACACACACACAGACCCAUAGGGCAGUCAGUCAGUCAGCGAGAGGUAGGGUAUCUAUGUAGCGAUCUAGCCUCCCUGUCUGUCUAUGGUGCAGGCGCGUAUGUGUAUUCAUGCUGCAUUAACACGUGCACCGGCACGCGCGGACAAGAAGUGCAGACCGAUCUUCAAGAGACGUAACCUACAG